AUGAAGGCUCCCACAGGAAGAAGCGGCCAAGUUCUGCUAUUCGCUCUGCUGCUCUCGGCGGCUUUUUCGCUCAGCCUGUCACAAAUUGAGCGGAAGCCAGAAUAUGCAGAAUAUCAAGACGCCUGGAAGGCACUUAAAGUACCGGGAAAGUACUAUCUCUACAUGAGGUCAUACGAGUACGAGCCAUAUUAUAAGGAAAAGAAAUGCGUUUACAAUGAACUCAUUUCCGUGAACGAAAAGGAACAGUACACCGUUAACGCCGUUGGAGACAUCGAUCCGUUUACCCUGGCAAAGAGUAACAGAACAGCGUACGCAUGGGUUCGAGCGACUGAGGGAUAUCCUGUUCCUGACGUCAUCCAGACUUCGACUUCACCAUCACGAGACAAAUUUGUGGAGUAUCCUGUCGCGUUCACUGAGUACAACAACUGUGAAAUCCUGAGGGUUCCGCAUAGAAAUAACGGCUGCGAACUCUGGGCCAAAGCGGGAGAAGUACACAAGAUUCAGUCCCUUUGCUUUUUCGCAUUCCAUUUGCUUUGUGGGCCGGACAAAUAUAUGGUAUACGAUGAAGAUCUAUGCGGAGGAGAAUAAACACUUCUUU